CAAAGAUAUCCCAAAACCUUUCUGAAAUUUAUUUUUGUACAUGUCUAUCUCCUUUGCACCAUAGGAGACUAAUGGAGAAACAGCCUCAGGCACUUCGGUUAUGUGCGUUAACGUUGAUAUGUAUCACACUUUCUUCCCUUUUACACCACGUUGAAGCUCAAAACCAAAAAGGAUUCAUCAGUUUGGAUUGCGGGUUAUCCCCAAACGAGCCUCCUUACAACGAUCCUUCAACCGGAUUAACAUACUCAACUGACGAUGGUUUUGUGCAAAGUGGCAAAACCGGAAAAAUCCAAAAGGAGUUUGAGGCAAUCUUCAGUAAACCGUCUUUAAAGCUUAGGUACUUUCCAGAUGGUGUCCGAAACUGUUAUACCGUGAAUGUCACGGAAGGCACAAACUAUCUGAUUAAAGCCGUUUUCGUGUACGGUAACUACGAUGGUCUCGCCAACGACCCGAGUUUUGAUCUUUACCUUGGUCCGAAUGUUUGGUCAACGGUUGAUAUGAAUGGACGGACCAAUGGUACUAUCGAAGAGAUCAUCCACAGAACCAUAUCUAAGUCUCUGCAGGUCUGUCUAGUUAAGACAGGAACAAGUAAUCCUUUUAUUAAUACCUUAGAGCUACGACCACUUAAGAACAAUACUUACAAUACUCAGAGCGGCUCGCUGAAGUAUUUCUUCCGAUAUUAUUUCAGCACGUCAGACCGCACCAUAAGGUAUCCCAAUGAUGUCCAUGAUCGUAAAUGGUAUCCGUUCUUCGAUUCAAAAGAGUGGACAGAAGUAACCACUGAUCUCAAUGUAAACGCGUCUAAUGGUUAUGAACCACCACAAAUUGUCAUGGCGUCAGCCUCAACGCCUAUAAGUACCUUUUGGCCCUGGAACUUCACCUGGUCAUUGCCGUCUUCCACAACCCAAUUCUAUGUAUAUUUACAUUUUGCCGAGAUUCAAACUCUAAAGCCCCUCGAUACCCGAGAAUUCAAAGUGACAAUGAAUGGGAAACUUGCCUAUGAACGUUAUAGUCCUAGAAUGUUAGCCACUGAAACUAUAUUUUUCUCCCAACCACAACAAUGUGAAGGAGGAAAAUGCAUUUUGGAGCUAACGAAGACGCCCAAGUCUACCCUGCCUCCUCUCAUUAACGCCCUCGAGCUUUUCACUGUGAUUGAUUUCCCACAGUUGGAAACAAACCAAGAUGAUGUUGUUGCCAUCAAGGGUAUUCAAAACACUUAUGGAUUAACUAGAGUUACAUGGAACGGAGAUCCAUGCGUCCCAAAACAGUUUUUGUGGGAUGGUUUAAACUGCAACAGCUUAGAUAUUUCCACACCACCUUUAAUCACUUCCUUAAACCUAUCCUCAAGUCAGUUAACCGGGAUCAUCGCUCCUGGCAUUAAUGAUCUAAUCCAUUUACAGGAAUUGGACUUGUCCAAUAACAAUUUGACGGGGGGAGUACCAGAGUUUCUAGCUGGCAUGAAAUCACUCUUGGUCAUAAAUUUAAGUGGGAAUAAUCUUAAUGGGACUGUUCCUCAAGCCAUUUUACAAAAGAAAGGACUAAAGUUAAAUCUUGAAGGAAACUCAGAUCUUAUUUGUCUGGGUGGACUAUGUGUAAACAAAACUGGACAUGGUGGUUCCAAGAAACCGAAUGUUGUAGUACCGGCUGUUGCAUCGGUCGCGUUCCUGGUUGUUCUUGGAUCUGCAUUGGCUUUCUUUCUUGUUUUCAAAAAGAAAAAGAACGCAAACAUUGAAGGUCCAUCAUCAUAUACACAAGUAUCGGAUGAUAGAACAACCAGAUCUUCAGAACCGGCAAUAAUGACGAAAAACAAAAGAUUUACUUACUCAGAGGUGGUAACAAUGACAAAUAACUUUGAAAGAGUCCUUGGUAAAGGAGGAUUUGGAAUGGUAUAUCAUGGAACUGUAAGUGGUACUGAACAAGUAGCCGUUAAAAUGCUCUCACACUCAUCUUCUCAAGGGUAUAAAGAAUUCAAAGCAGAGGUGGAACUUCUCCUCAGAGUCCACCACAAAAAUCUGGUUGGCCUCGUUGGAUACUGUGAUGAAGGUGAAAAUUUGGCUCUCAUCUAUGAGUAUAUGGCUAACGGAGACCUAAGAGAACAUAUGUCAGGAAAACGAGGUGGAUCUAUUUUGAACUGGGAAACGAGACUAAAAAUAGUUGUCGAAUCUGCACAAGGGUUGGAAUACUUGCAUAAUGGAUGCAAACCACCAAUGGUUCAUAGGGAUGUCAAAACCACAAAUAUAUUGUUGAAUGAACAUUUUCAAGCCAAAUUAGCUGAUUUUGGGCUUUCCAGAUCUUUUCCUAUUGAAGGAGAAACUCAUGUGUCAACAGUUGUUGCUGGAACUCCUGGUUACCUUGAUCCAGAAUAUUAUCGAACAAAUUGGUUGAACGAGAAAAGCGAUGUUUAUAGCUUUGGAAUUGUACUACUAGAGAUCAUCACAAAUCAACCUGUGAUAAAUCAAAGUCGUGAAAAACCACAUAUAGCAGAAUGGGUUGGAUUAAUGCUUACAAAAGGGGACAUCAAAAACAUCAUGGAUCCAAAUCUCUAUGGAGAUUAUGACUCUGGUUCUGUCUGGAGAGCAGUUGAAUUAGCUAUGUCGUGUCUGAAUCCUUCUUCAGCUAGAAGACCAACCAUGUCACAAGUAGUCAUUGAAAUAAAUGAAUGUUUAGCAUAUGAAAACUCAAGGGGAGGAACGAGUCAUAACAUGAACUCACAGAGUUCCAUAGAAGUGAGCAUGAACUUUGAUAUUGGAAUUACCCCUGGACCUCGCUAAACUGCAAAAGCUAUAUAUUUCGUUCUAUGGAGUGAAAUUUUCUUUAUUUAAAAUAAAUAUAAGCUCUGUA